CCUCAGAAGCAUUCAUCCCAGGUCUUUCACUUGCACAGCUAUUAUGGAUCUUAAGGGUGCCAUGGCAGUCGGUGCUGAAGUUGCUGGACUCAUUCCGACACAUCGCCAGUGCUCCGUUGAGGUUACAAAUAAAUGCUCUAACUACGACCUCCGUAACCCAGGCAUAUACGUGAACAGUGGUUCCUGUGCCCAAAGUCUGCCAUUAUCUCUUAAUCCAUCUUCAUCUGGGAACGCACUGUUCACCAAGACUCCCGACACUGCCCGAGGAGCUGUUGGCGUCUUCACCUAUGAUCUACUCGACAAAUCUACAAAGAAGUCCACUGAGAAAAUAGCUGUCAUGUUCUCUGUGCCCUAUGAUUUCAACCUGUACUCCAACUGGUAUGCAGUGGGAAUCUUUGACAAGAGCACAGAGUGUAAUCAUGAUCUUUAUCAUAAGAUGUACAACAACUCAGACAACUCAUUUGUCAGAGGUAAAGCAGGUGGCCCCUGUCUCGAACAGAAGAACAAUCGAGUUACCGUCGUGGCAUCAAUGGCUGACUCUUAUCAGCCUGUCAUGAAGGUGGAAGUGAAAGACGACUGAAAUAUGAGAAUUCAGAAGUGCUGAAAUGUAGAUUCUCCUGCAGGUAUAUUUAUAUGUUUUCUGGCUUUGUUUCCUAACCAAUUUGUAGUGGACUGUUUACUCAGGGCAAAUACAUGUUUAAAUGGUGUAAGUUGGUGCAAAAUAAUGUUUU